AUGAACGACGGGGUUAACAAAGAGGAAGUCAUCGAAGAAAAAUGUAAUUUUACGUUUAAAAAUGGCGAGUACGUCGAAAUAAAACAAGAGGAAAUUGAGCGAAAACCUGAAUAUCUCCUAGAAAGAGAAAUCAAAUCCGAAUCGAUUGAUUUUUUCGAAAAUAAUAUUUCGGAUGAAUUUUUCGAAGACGUCGAACGGAAGCCGAGAGGAAGCGAUUCUAAAAAUGAGAAGGUACUCGCAGAAUUCGAAGCUCUAUCAUGCAAAAUUUGUUGGAAGAGAAUGCCAAAAAAUCUUUUGAAAUUGAUCAUGUCGGAAGAGGAUAAAACAGUGCUGUCUGAAGUUUUCAAAUCUGGAGAAUCUCUGGAAACAAGGGCAUCCUACGUCUGUGUUUCUCAUAUCAAAAAGAUUAUUAGCGAUAAUGACAUCAAAGUUAAGAUAACGAAAACGCCACUUGGGCAUCUGAUGCGCUCAUUCAUCGAAAGAAACACUUAUUUGAUGCAAGUCAACAAAAAAUCGAUAAGUUUAAUAAUUACAAUUUUCAGAAGAAACAGGACAUCAAAAAGAAAAAUUUGCAAAGUUUGUCACAUGAGUGAAGAUUUUUCUAAAUUAUAUCAAAUCAGUUCAAAGGGUAUUCGAAUUGCGCUUAUGAUUGGAUGUAUUCUACGUGGAACUCAUUCAAUCGAUCAAGCGAAGUCUUACAUAGCGAAUAAAGAAGGUGCCACUUGUUAUUCACAUCGCAAAGAGACAAUUGACAUAAUUUUCGAGCAUUUGGGAAUCAGUGGUAUUCAGGAGUUUUUAGGGUGUCCCAGAACAUCGAUGGGCGGUUUGGCGGAUAUUGCGAAGAACUUCGAUUCGGAUUUUACAGUUAGGCAAUUCAGUCAUGCAUUCAAAUUGCUUUAUAUGAGAAAACCGAAAUUUUUGAGUAGUUUGUAG